AUUCGUCCACUUUCUUUUUCCCACUAAGCUAUUCUAAACUUGUGAUCAGAACUCAGAAGCAGCAGCCAAAAGCAAAAAUGAUCAAAUUGAGGUGCAAGAAGUUUUUCAGAAGCAAUUCGAAGAAUGGAAGUACUGGCGCCGCCGCAGCCACCGCCGCAGCAGGCGGCGACACCAAGAUAGCUGGUGGUGAAAUUAAAUGGGAAUUGCGUCCAGGAGGUAUGCUAGUUCAAAAGAGAGAAUGUGCAGAGAAAGCUGGAGAUUCAAUUAUAACUCUUAGAGUUUCUACUGUUUCUAAGUGGCAUGAUAUUUCUAUUCAAGCAACCUCCACUUUUGGAGAAUUAAAGAUGAUACUGGCAAUGGUAACUGGUUUAGAACCAAAGGAGCAAAGGCUAUUAUACAGAGGGAAAGAAAGAGAGGAUUAUGAAUAUUUGCACAUGGUUGGAGUGAAAGACAAAGACAAAGUGUUGCUCUUUGAAGAUCCAGCCAUUAAAGAGAGAAAAAAGCUUCUUAAUUUGGCUGCAAAUGAUCGUGUCCAAGUCAUAGGAUCUUCUUAUCACACCAUUUGUGUCUAAAAGCUAGUUAAAAUUGCUUUUAGUGUGCAACUUGUGUAGUGUUUUGAUUAAUUACUUUCCUAAAAAAAAAACUAACCCCCUCCUCAUCAAGAAAAUGAGUGAUUGAAUCAAGAUUGGUGAUAAAUCUGGUCACCAACUUGCCCUUCAAUUAGAGUAGCUAGGUUCUCCUUUUCUUUACUGUAAUAGCAAAUUUUAUAUGCGAGCCCAAAUAGGGUACCCAUGGCAGCAUAUAUUAAAAUGUGUAAUUGGUGCAUGUCCGCAUCAUCUCGAUUAGGUUAUCGAGUUUGUAAAUUGUACUGUAAAUUUUUUUCCUAAAUAUUCCAUGUUACCUUUUUUAUUUUUUCGAUUAAA